GCAGCAUUGGUGGUGUCGAGCUGCUCUUUCCAAGGAACUGACGAGCUUUCAGCCAGGUGACGCAGACUGGAUCAUUGAUUUUUGAUUUCCGAGCGAUUUUUUCUUCAGCUGUCAGAAAGAAAGGGCAGUUAGAUAUUACCUGGCGAUGAACAAUAGAGGCUGCUGCACUUAGCAGCUAUCGCCAGGCAGCAGUGCGCUCCGGUACAACAGCUUCAGCACCACAGCCCUGGACAGCUCCACUCUCACCUCCAGUGUAACCCGUCUCUCAGGUUCUCCAUAGCGAGAGAGUCUGUCCUUGUAACUCCCAGCAGUCUAAAGGGGAGCUCCGAACUCAUUUGCAGCACAUUACACAGGGGAAGGUACUUCCAAAACAGAUGGGUCCAAAAUAUGUUUUUAUUACUGCAAUCAUCGGGGUUUUCUGGAACGUCCAUGGCUUCCCCAACCCCAGCCUUAAGCAAGAUAAAGCUGUACACAACAGGGAAUUAAGCGAAGAGAGACCUCUGGAAGAACAGAUUGCAGAGGCAGGCACUGUGAGCAGAGGUGCAAGCAAAGAAAGCCCAGAUAUGCUAAAAAAUGAGUCCUUUGUGGAUGAUCUUGGGUUUUUGAUGUCAAUGGCAGAAAAAGAGGGUAAUGUGAAGAGAAGUGGAAGUGCAAGUGGUUCCUUUGGUGGGCACAGGGGUACUCUGGAUGAUGCAGAUUCAACCAAGAACCAGAAGCCUGCUGAGUAUUUUGACUCGACUAAAAGCAUGCUGGAUUAUAAAUAUGAAGUAGAUGAUCCUGAUGGCCUUCACCAGUUAGAUGGCACCCCAUUAACUGCAGAAGACAUUGUUCGAAAGAUUGCCACAAGAAUAUAUGAGGAGAAUGACAGAAGAGUGUUUGAUAAGAUUGUUUCAAAGCUUUUAAACCUUGGACUGAUUACAGAAAGCCAGGCAUACACGUUAGAAGAUGAAGUGGCAGAAGUUUUACAGCAACUAAUUGCUAAUGAGGCUAAAAACCGUGAGAAGGAAGCAGGAGAUCUGGAUUAUGCCGCUGUGAGAUCAGACGUCUAUGAUGACGAUAAGCAGGAGGGAAAAAUGGAAACACAAAAUAAAAAGGAAGAAAGAGAAUCAUCUGUAACAAAUCAUGAGGAUUCUUUAAGCAGCGUGGAGCGAAGGAAUGAAUUAUCUCCUGAAGAAAAUUUUGAUGAUCUCCAGUAUUUCCCAAAUUUUAAUCGACUUAUAAAAAGCCUUAACUCAGAAAACGAUGCCAAAGAGAAGAAAACCUUGAUAACAAUAAUGAAAACUCUGAUUGACUUUGUGAAAAUGAUGGUUAAAUAUGGGACAAUUACACCAGAAGAAGGAGUCAAUUACUUAGAAAACCUGGAUACCAUGAUAGCUGUGCAAGCGAAGAAUAAACUGGGAAAAAGCUUUGGCUCUCCCAGAAGCAUUUUACCCUCAGAAUACAAGAACAAUGACGAAUCUGACAGCACAAAAAAAGAAGCAGCUAAAAUGGAAAAAGAAUAUGAAUUAUUAAAGGACUCCACAAAACCAGAGCCAAAAGAAGCUGUGGAACCAAAACAAAAAGGGAAGGCUGAGACAUAUUUAGAAGCAAUCAGAAAGAAUAUUGAGUGGCUAAAGGAACAUAACAAAGAGGCAAACAAAGGAGAUAAUGAUCUUUCAAAACUGAAACAGUUCAUCGACCAGCAGGCAGAUUCCUAUGUAGAAAAAGGAAUUUUGGACAAGGAAGAGGCCAAUGUUAUCAAGCGUAUCUACAGCAGCCUGUGAAGAGUGAACUUGUGCUUGCGCUUUAGAAGUAGAAACCCCCACUUUGGUCAAAGAUUAAGGGAAAUAUACAAAAUUUAAAUUAGGGCAUCCAGACGGAUUUGAUUCAUCCAUUUAUCAAAGCAGAGCAGUGUGUCAAUUCAUUUUAAUGCGUUUGAUUGCUUUAAGUGGUCAACUACCAUUCUGUUAUAUGAGGUAUUAAAACUUAAAGGCAGCAAAUAUAACUGCCCACUGAAUGGCUAAGCCACAAAAAAUUUUGUUAAAAUUCACCAAAUACAAAUUAACUUAACAAUUCAGUAAAAUUAAUUUACUGUGUUACUACAAAUGGGUAGUAAAUUAGUUAUGAUCACUCAUAAAAAAGAAAGAAAGAGCAAUCAUAAAUCUAGCCCUUUUUAUGUGUAUCAUCAUAAAUACUUACUAUCCGUUGCAUCAGUUUAAUGUGUAGGUGCUAAGGCCAUUUUUAUAAACUGGUACUUACCAAUACAUGACCAGUGUAGUGUCCAUGUCCUUGUGCGUCUUAUCUCAAUAGUAAUAGCAGCUAUAAUUUACUCAAAACUGUGUUUUUAUAUUUCUAUAAAGACAACACUGUGUCUAUGACUAGUUGCUCACAUUUUACAGUAAUAAUGUAUACUGCAAUUUGGAAAUGUCCAGACUUCCGCAUACCCCUGCCAUUUACUGGAAACAGGGAAAUGAAGCUGACUGAUAGCAGAAGAGACACGGAUUAGCAUCCAUUGAUUUAAACUUGUAAAAAAUCUAAAGCCAAAAGAAAAUGAAGGGAAACUAGUUCAGAGGGCUCAUCUGAGCACAUUUGUGACUGUACUCUAUUUUAAUUAGUUUAAAAGAUAGCAGCAGCUUUAUACUACCAAACAGAACUGAUGGCAAAGCAACAUUCCCUGUAGACUGCUGGGCCUGUGGUCCAAGAUUUAACUACAACCUUGAGAAUGAUCACCUACCCUUCAGCUCAGCAUGAGAGAGAGAAUGGUUGUAUGAAAAACUUUUGUAUUGGAAACUAACCAAAUGUGGGCAUAUGUGAUAAGUGAAAAGCACAAGUAUGAAAGCUGUACUGUAGAUAGGUGGUGCCAAAUAUGUGGACUGUGGCAAUAGCUGGUUUCACAGUGGAAUCAUUGCAGAUUGUGAAUCACAAUUUAAUAAGGUUUUCCUAUUAACAAUUUAAAAAGGUUGGCCUAUGGGUGGAUUUCUGUAUUAUUGCAAUGCGCUGCUGUUUACUUGUAAAGAGCAUUACAUUGUUGAGCUAGUUUAUACUAGUAGGGGAUUUUCUGGUGGGUCCAGGUAAUAAAGAAGAAUAAUUGGGUCAUGGCCUUAAUAGAUAUUGAAACUGGAAAAGCCACCACACACUCUCCUUCAUCUACUGUUCCAUCAACCAUCAUCUUCUACUGGAUUUAACAGACACCAUAGAUGGACGGCAUGUCACCUUAUAUGUCAGAUACUGUACUUAAUGCCUUUAUUAUUGCAAGAGCAGAUAUAAGGUACUAUGUCAGGCCAUCCGCAGACCGUUUGGAAAUUGCUUCCCGUUGCACAUUGAGUUCAUUGCCACAAGAAACGAUUGCAGUCUACUUGCAGGAUGCUACAAAAGUGUUUGAACAGCCCCUAAACAUUUAUACCACUUUUUUCUGCUCCCAAAUCAGCAAACUUAAGUAGACCAUAAAUGCCCUUUACCUGCUUGCUCAGAAUAUCUUGAGAUCCCAUCAGAUUGAUGUUGGUCUUUCUGGGCAAAAAAUGCAGCACAAUUCCUCCUACCUAAACAAACUUUGAAUCUAUCAGAUCAACCAGAGGACUGUAUUACCCUCUUGCUCCAAUUGUACAUAUCAUCUGUUCAUCCAUAUUUCUAAAGAAAUCAACAGGAUCCACUCAUUUGGCAAUGAGGCAGAACUAAAAUCAAGCGGCAGUCUAUGAGGAAAAAUUCAGUGACUAGCUUGGAGCUGCCUUGGAUAUCCUCAAAUAGCAGCUUGAACUAAUCACUGCCAUAGCCUGUAACACAAGUGCACACUUUUAUGCCAGCUGUGAGUUAUUUUUACUCUUUAUACUGUAUGUUGGUAAUGCAGUAAACCUGAAAAAGAACCCAGACAUAAUAGUCUCAAGUUAGGAACAGAUUUUCCCUAUGGCAGGAAGUAAAACUGAUUCUAUGAUUGUAUUAUACCCCCCAUACAAUGCAGAGAUGCACCAAAAUGGUCAGUAAAUCAGGCUUGGAUAUGUGUUCUAUAAAAAUGUACAUAGCUAUGUACUCAACAGGUAGGGGCCCAUUCACUAAGUUUGUGUGAAGGAAUAGAAUUUC